AUGACUACAGAUUUAAAUGUUGAUGAAACAUUCAAAAAGUUACAGACACACAAAGGUGUAAAAGGUAUUCUAAUCAUCAACAAGAAUGGAUCAGUGAUUAAAUCUACAUUUGACAACGACACAUCACAGCAAUACUCUAAACUGAUUCUCGAUCUAUUUCCACGUGCAUCAACAUUGUUGAAGCAAAACGACGAAAAAGAUCAAGUAUCUUUCUUUAGAGUUAGAUCACAAGAUAAUGAUAUAAUGGUUUCACCUGAUAACGAUUACUUUUUAAUGGUUGUAAAUCAAGUUAAACAUGAAUAA